AUCUUUUACUUUGGUAUAUAUUGCCCGUUAAGUCGGUUGAGUUGGAAAAGGAUAGAAAUUUUAAUCUAACUAGUGUUGUCUUACGGUGAGGUGAUCUAACUAGCUCACCCAAUCUUUCUGAUUGGUCAAGAUCAGCUAAUCCGUGCCAAAUAUUUUAAAUUAUUAUGCUUAGUUCGUGCUAAUGUAAAACAUCAUUGGCCAGUACGUGACUGCAAUCCCAAUAUGUCACCACAUAAUCUGCUGCCUACCGUUGACCACUUCUAUUAAAUAUCACCUUAGUUUUACCCUACCAUUUUUCUUUGAUUUCCCUACUUCUCUAUCAUUAGGAGGCCAGGUGAGAUCAGUUCAUGUCACAAACAUGUUUUUUUGGCCAUCUUGAUCUCGUAGAUUUUGGUCUGAACUGAACUCAAAUCCUUAAAAAGAUUCCCAGUCCAUGUAUCUACUUUUAUGGAAAGUUGUUUCGAUUGCAUGUUGUGGGUUUGAAUCAUAUGAAAGAUUUGGGUCCUCGUUUUCACGGGUUGUGGUCAGUUGACAAUGGAAUCAUAAUGGGUUGGAAAUUUCUAAAUGUAUCUGUCGGAAGGAACUGCAAAAUUUGGAGUUUGAAGCUUGGUUUACAUAUAUGUUUGACAGCUUCACAAACUGGGUUAGUAGUUACGAUACUUCAUAGAAGUAACAUAUAUUCAUUUGAUUCAAUCUAAGUAUGUAAUCGAGAGUGUGUCAAGGAAUCUUUGUUUGGGAUGUUUGUCAGCAUCCUUGGGGUCAUUUUGAUAAUCCAUCUGAGAACAUUACAUUAGUUGGUGGCAAAUAAGGAUAUACUCGUAGGGUGAGGUACUCUUCCAAGUGAGAAAAAUGGAUGCUUUGCAAGUUAUUGCUUCUGCCACACAAAUAGUUUCUGGUAUGGUAGGUGCUGUUGCUGCUUUAGAACAAGCAUCUAGGAAUCUUGAUGAAGCUCCCAAGCGUAUUCAAAGUUUAGAGGAGUUUGUGUUUGAGCUCGAGAACUUGAGUCGUCGAAUUAAGCAAAAACAUGCUUAUAAACUUCACAAUUCUCAACUUGAUCGCCAAAUUCAAAGUUUGAACACCCUUAUAGAACGGCUGCAUCCCAAACUAGGCAAGGCUAGGAGGAUAUUGUCAAAGAGUAAGAUUAAGAACUUGGCUAAAGUAGUGUGGAGUUCAAUGGCUGGCGAUCCACUUGGGAAAGUAGUACAUUCAAUUAAGAAUGACUUAAAUUGGUGGCUUGAAUCUCAGAGGAUAGCUUACAAUGUUGAGAAAGCCAUAGAAUCCACAGCUCAAGCUAUACCCUCUCAGUUUAAAAUAAAGACUGAACAAGGCUAUCCAGUUUCUAGCAAAUGUAGUUAUGUGAGGAAUUUACUUAAUCAAGAGAAUUUCCAUAAGGUCAUUUUAAUUGUUGGGUUAUCUGGCAUAGGAAAGUCAUGCUUGGCACGUCAAGUGGCUUCUGACCCUCCUGAGAGAUUUGUGGAUGGAGCAGUCGAACUUGGAUUUGGCCAAUGGUGUAGUAGAUCUGCUUGUAAUGGAAGCAAGUACGAAUACCAAAAGCGUUUGGCAAGAAAAAUCUCUAAGUUUCUAGUGCAGAUUGGGUUUUGGAAGAAGAUUAAGGACGAAUAUAGUGGAGAUCUUGACUAUACAUGUUGCUUGCUUCAAGAAGCCUUGUAUGGUAAGAGUAUUCUUGUCAUACUUGAUGAUGUGUGGGAGCAGGAUAUAGUUGAACGAUUCGCUAAACUAUAUGAUAAUGAUUGCAAGUAUGUAGUGACAACAAGAAAUGAAGCUGUCUACGAAAUUACUGAAGCAGAGAAGGUGGAGUUAAGCAGAGAUGACACAAGGGAGUUUAGCAAAGCAGUCCUCCUCUACCAUAGCCUCUUUAGUGAAGAAGAGUUACCAGAUGUAGCAGACAGCUUGCUUGAACGUUGUGGUCACCACCCACUUACAGUAGCUGUUAUGGGUAAGUCUCUGAGGAAAGAAAUAAGAGCUGAGAAAUGGGAAAAAGCCAUCACCAAUUUAUCUACAUUUGCCACAUGUGCACCAGGACCUGUAUCAUAUGUGAAUGAAAAGGAAGCCGAGAAUACAUUGACCAUUUUUGGGUCAUUUGAGUUCAGUCUAGAUGCAAUGCCUGUUGACUCUAGAAAACUCUUCAUAGCUUUGGCUGCUCUUUCAUGGGCGGAACCUGUACCAGAAGCUUGUGUGGAGGAUAUUUGGUCAGCUCUUGGGGAUGAUAGUUUGUUCCCUCUUAUAGUAUGCAAGCUUGUCGAAGGUUCUUUGCUUAUGAAAACUGAAACAGAUCCAUUGUACUCGGUUCAUGACAUGGUUGUUCUUUACCUUGACAGCAAAACAAAUGAUUCAAUAGAGAUACUACUAAAAGAAUCCAAACCAGAACAAGUUGCAAAUAUCUGCCCUUGGCUUCUUAUAUUUGGGAAAGAGGUUGUAAAAACUGCUUCUGAGCAGAGAAUGGUAAACUUCCUCGGUGCUGAAGAAAAGGAGGUAAUUAUCACCUUAAAAGCCACUAUCCAGGCUCUACUGGCUAGCAAAUCCAUUUCUGAACUCGAAGCCAGCAGAACAAGCUUUAGCAGCAUUUUGGGUCCUAGGAUUGCAGAUGUGAUCUUAAAUGGAUCAGAAAGUCUGAUUGCAGUCUAUGCAGAAGCCAUCACCAACAUAUUCAGUAAGAGUGAUUACUGUCACUACUUUCCAUCCCUUGAAGCUACGGUUGCAGUCAGAAAAUUGGCUAGCAUCUUAGAAAAUUGUGAUGACCCCAUGAUCCAAACCAACAUUUUAAUUGUCCUUGCAAAGCUUGCAGAAUUUGGAAGUCCGGACACAGUGGAUGAGGUUCUUCAAAGAAUUCCAUUUAAUCAAAUGGCUGAUUUGCUCUCUCCAAAUGCCGAGGAGUGGCAUGAGAGCAUGUUUACAGUAUUAAUGUCAUUGGCCAAGGCGGGGAAAUCAAAAGCUGUGGAGAGAAUGUUUGCUUUUGAGAUUGACAAGAAUCUUCUUAAACUUCUUGAGAUUGGAUCUGAAAUAGCACAACACCAUGUGGUUGUCACAUUAAAGACAUUCUAUGAGUUGGGGGGUCCUCCCUCUAACAACCUUCUUCAACCCACGAAUCUAAACCUCUUACCCUGGCAAGUUAGACUUCGUCUAGAAACCUUGGUUUUAUCAGAUAAAAGUGUUUCAUUUUCACCAAAAACACAAUCUUUUGGAGAUCUCAUUCACAAAUUGGUUGACAACAAGCAAGUGUUGGAGGCAAUGCAAGACCUGAUACCGAUUGUUGAAAAGGCAGGAGAACCAGGGAUUAGAGAAAUGAUUCUGAAAAGUCCUCUGAUCAAACGAUUAGCUGAACUACUGCAAUGGGGAUAUUCAGAUGGAAACUCAACGAAAUCUCAAUCUGUCUUUCUUUUAAUGAAAUUGGCUUGUUCUGGUGGAGAACCCUUCAUUAAGAGGUUUCUGGAGUAUGACAUCAUACCCGAGCUAGUUAAGAUGAUGCAGAACAGUAACUCAGAGUUACAAGAUGCAGCAUACACAGCACUGCACCAGAUGCUAUUCGGCAGCAGUGGAAUACUCGUUUUGAACAGAUUUCUUCAGAUGGGUCUUUUAGAGAAGAUAACUCAGUCAGUGGAAAUCAAAUCAAUAAAAACCAGGGAAGUGAACUUGAACUGUCUAAUGGAUAUUGUUGAGCUGGGAAACAAGGCUUGUUUGGAAAGGAUGUUAUCUUUUCAAGUGGUGGAGAAACUUGUGAAGUUAGAAAAAAAUGGCGGGGGAUCUGGAAAUACUCUAAUUGGAUUUCUUAAAGGAAUUGAUAAAUGUAAGCAUCUUUCAUUGGCAGAACGUAAAGUGAUGAAGCAACAAGUUAUUAGGAAAGUAAGAACUUCCAUGAAAGGCCAUAAAUUUGAAUCUCGGAUUUUAGUAGCUUUGGAUGGUUCUGCAUCUGAUGGUUCAAAAAGUGGUACUAGUGGUAAAAGCAAAAAAUAUUAGCACUUGUCACAAUUCACAUUACAUUGACAUUUACAACUCAGACUCGAGAAAGAAUCGAGAGGAACCCAACAUUCUGUUUACAUGCCUACCAUGCUACUGCUCUAUUCUUCUU